CACACACAGUGCAGGGCACAGCGGGUUUGACAGGAGAUAGCGGAGGUUCGGGUGGUGAACACACUAACACCUGUGAUGAAGAUGCUCCUCAGCUUUGUGCUCCUCUCCCUCCUCUUCCCUCCAGCUUUGGCACUGGAAUGCUACGUGUGCGCUGCUUCUACCACCAACGAACAAUGCAACCAGAACACUCAGGAAUGUCAGACACCGCUGGACACGUGCAUGACGUCCAUCGACACUUUAGGUACAUCCAUAGCCAUAGUGAAGCAGUGUGCCAGUGCGGCCACCUGCACAGGAGCUGCCUCGUCUUCCUCAGUCGAUGAAAACGGAAACGGAAACUCCGUCAACUGCUGCAACAGCUUCAAUUUGUGUAACUUUAGCGGAGCCGAGUCCGUCCACGUGCACACGACACUUCUGCUUCUGACUGUGGUUGUAAUACGACUGUUGUCACUGUGACGCACCAACUGUAUAGAAGCUGAGGAUGAAGUUACUCUGCAUAUAUAUAUAAUGUAUCUACACAGGCUGUAAUAUGAUGUUAUAUUAUAUUAUUUAAAAACGGUUUAGCUUUCUGUUUCUAUUGAAGACUGUGCUGUAAACACACAAAGCUCCUAUUAAUACAACUGUAUAUACACGAUUGACACAUUAACCUGUUACUGCACAAUCUACCCUGUAGAUUGAAAAGAUCCAUGGUUCAUAUUCAGUUUAGUAACUUUGAGACUAACUCAGGUUCACUGUACGCCCACCUACACCUGCAACCUG